UUACCAUACUUAUCAUGUGAUUUUGAAACAUCUUUAGCUCUGGAUACCGAAGUCGAUUACUACAAUGAUAUAUUCGCGCCACCAACUCACGAUUAUGAAGUUGGAGACAUUACUAUUGCAACGAAAUGGUGUACCACGUGUCGGUUCUAUCGCCUCCCUCGCUCAACGCAUUGUUCUGCUUGUGAUAAAUGUGUCGAGCAAUUUGAUCAUCACUGUCCCUGGGUGAACAACUGUAUUGGCAGACGAAACUAUCGUUACUUCUUCUCAUUCCUUAUCACUUUAUGUAUCCAUAUGAUUGCCGUUUUCGUCGUCUCCAUGCUCUAUGUAAUGCAUUCCGAACAUGAUCUGACUUAUUAUACCAAUAUCAUUGCGUAUGUAUUUCUUUAUAGCAUGAUAUUCUUGCCAGUUGUCAGCUUAACAAUCUUUCAUAUUUCUAUACUUUCCAAUGGUUUGACAACAAACGAACAUGUGAGUGCAUGCUUUAUUUAA